AUGCUGAAGUUGGAGGCAAAGGGUUUGGCUCUGGCGAUAAUUGGACCCACGCUGGUCGAUCUCAGCAUCGUUCNCGUUCUCAACAAACAUUUGGACGAGAUCGGCUUGGUUUUUGUCGCAAGAUCAUCCGGAUACUUUCUGGGUUCCGUAAUGGUCGCCAUUAUAUUCGAUCACGGACAUCGCCUGGAAAUCUACGGAGCAGUGAAUAUUCUCGGCGGAAUCUCAAUCUGUGUGGCGCCGUUGAUGUUCAACUUCUGGGGAUUCUGCUUUGUGAUCUUCCUGUCCGGCCUUUUUACCGGUGUCAUGGAUGCAGGCGGGAACGUGAUGCUGCUGUCCCUGUGGGAAGGCGGCAGUGCCCCGUACAUGCAGGCCCUGCACUUCUUCUUCGGCCUCGGCGCCUUCCUCACUCCGCUCAUCUCCGAGCCCUUCCUGUCCCCGGACGUGAACCGGGAACAACUCCUGCACAACGAAACCGUCUCCUUCCUGCUCGACAACGGGACAGUGAGCAAAGUGGACGCCCACGUGGACCGAGACGAGGUG